AUGCCCAUAACUGAUCCAAUCAAAAGAAAAGAAUACACCAAACUAUCCAUGAAAAUAAAAAGAUGGAAAGAGCAGGGAAAGGAUAUUGGUGGUUUGUUAUACCAAAGAGAACAAUUGAUUGGUAUCACAUUGUCCAAAAUAACUCAACUUGAAAAUGUGAUACCGAGUGUGAUACUUAAAAAACGAGCGAACGGAGAAAACGAGUUAGACCCUAAUUUAAAUGUGAUACCUGAAAAUCAAAAAAAGGAUGUGAUACCGAACGAAACUGUUAAAAAUGUGAUACCCGUUAUUUCCAAAGUAAUUGCCAACUUUGGUUUAAGGCCUGGUUCAGAUGUGAUACCUUUAAAAAAUGUAACGCCCGAGUUAACCACAAAAAAAGUAGAACCCGAAUUAGUAGAAACCAUAAAACGGGUAGAACAAAAGCCCAAAACAAUUAAGAUUAGUCGCAUUAUUCCUGAUGAAUUUCUUGUUAAAAGCAAUGUCCCAAGAAAAAAUGGUAUAUGUUUGUGUUAA